AUGGUCGACCUCGGCGGCUCCCUCGCAGUAGCAUCCCGCGGGCUCUUUGCAACAGGCGUAUCCACUGACCUGAACGUAACCUACCUCUCCUCGGGCGGCAAGAUUGGCGACUUGAUCAAGGCCGAGGUGACGUGUGACAAGUUCGGCAAAACACUCGCCUUCACGUCCAUCAACUUCAGCAACAACAAAGGAGAGGUUUUCGCACGGGGAAGUCAUACCAAGUACGUUGCGUUGGCGUGGAAAGAUCCCAACAACAUCGUGGAGGAGCUUUCGCCAAAGCCGGAGAAGAAAGAGUAG